AUGCCAGGGGAAUUCUAUCUUGUGCCAGCAGAGACUGAAUGCCCCCUGGGUAUUGGGGAGGGGAGGUUCGAGGAGACAACCUGUGAUGAGGGCCUUCUCGAAGAGGUUAUGAUUGAAGAUCCUGCUGAAGUGGUUAUCGAGGUACUAGCCCCUACUGUAGAGUCAAUGGAUUUCGAAAGGGAAUCGUCAGUUCCUGAUCCGAAGGAGACUGAGAUGCCUAAAACUGGAAGUAUGACGCCUGAGCUGACGGUGGAUCCUAUGAAUCGUACUGAAGCUAGUCAUAAUUCGGGUUCUUCACGUGCUGAAAAGUCUGAGGUGCCAACUAUGUCCAAGGAGAGGACGAAAUUGAUCUUGGCAAAAUGGGUGACUCUUUCGAUGGAUGAGAGGAUUUCCAAGCUGGACCUGUUGGCUUUGGCUAACAAAUUCCAGCACAGUGAUGCUGCUCAAUUUCCCGAUGACGACGCGCAAUUGGAGGCAGAACUGGCCCAAUCCAGAGAAGAAACGAAAGCGCAACAUGAAGAAUUGGAGAAAUGCGAGCUAUUGUGGAAACAGGCAGAUUGGAGACUGAGGACCUCAGAAGCUUAUUUGCAGCAGGUGUUGUUGCAGAAAGAGGAACUCCAGGAUGAGGUUGAUCAAAUGCUAACGGCCCUGACUACAGCCAAAGAGGACAUUGAUAAGGCUAAUAUGGAUGUCGGACUGGAGAUAUGGCAGGAAAAGCUGAGGAUGAUCCGUCUUGAUAAGAUUCGUGUGGACACACGACAUUUUUGUUGA